GCUCCGGGACGAUGAUGUUCACUCCUAUGGCGAUCUCCAGGCUCGAUUCGAUGAAAUCCAGCUCCAAGAUAGCUUCUGGGAUGAGUUCUUCGCACUUUCUCUCUCUAGGGCUCUGUUUUUGCUCUGAAAAAACGAUUUUUCCCUCUUUUGGCUCGGAUUAGGCACUAAAACCGGAUUUCCCCAGGUGCACGGGCAGGUGCACGGCCGUGCACCACCCCAAUCUGGCCGUGCAACAUCAAACGCACCGUUCUGUUUAUAAAGCUCAGCCUUCUUGCACGGCCAGGCGCACGGCCGUGCAAGCCUGGAUUGUGCCCGUGCAAGCUCUCGUCGUGAGGCGCACGGCCAAAUGGCACUAGUGCACGGCCGUGCA